AUGUCUCUACAAGCAGGGGCAGGUAGUCAGCCAUGCCACCAAACCACUGCAAUCCGACUGCUAGCCGACUCCCUGUAUGAGUCGACGCGGGGGUCAAUGGCCCUAACGAACCAGGCCCAAAACGAGCUUGGCCUGCUUCUGGCCGUGCUAAGCGCGUCCGAGACAUACACUUCCCUCUCUAGCUGCCAUGUCGUCCUACUUGAACUGCAGAAGCUGCUGCUGCAUCCAGAUGCGCUCGGGGUUCAGAGUCUGGUUUCUGACAUUCGGGCGCGUCUCUCCUCAGUUAUCUUUGGACUUACCGAGGUAAAUUUGAAUAUGAUGAUGUCAUCUCAGAAGAUUAUUGAGCGCGCGCUGAGGUGUUUUAUCGAUGAAAUACAUGCCAACAAGAAGGAGGCUUUGGUUGUUUCCGAUAUUUUGAAGGAUUCUUCGAGGCUUGAGGAAGAUGGAGUCUGGGCUCGGCUGCAGGGCGAGUUGGUGACUACCGGUAUUGCUUCUGAUUUAUUGACUCUGAACCGUGACUUCGUUAUAUCGACCCUUCGAAAGAUAGCAGAGACAGAUGGCCUACUAUCUGGUAGCAAAGAAAACACGGCUCCAGUGGAGGAAAUCGCUGAAUCUACGGCACCAGCACCAGCCCUGGAAAGAAGCCUGGACGACAAGGACUGGCUAGCAGAUGAACCAACUGGGCUUCCAUUUCUCCCGCUCCCACCGAAAGGCUUCUCAUUUUCAGAUAGGCAUAGCUCAUAUUCGAGCCAAGAGCAACCAUAUCCAGAAAAAGAAACAGUACAAGAAGAGAACCUCCCAAUACCAGUGAUAUUGGACAUGCAAGAUUGCACAGAUACACAGAAACAAGCGCUACCAGUCGAAGACUUCCCCAUUCCAGUUCUCACAGAGGAAAAACCACGAGAAAACGACGCGAACCUCCCAAUACCAGUGACAGUACCUACCGAGCACAAGCCACGAAAACCCUCACUAGACCUCCACACCUUCAAAGUCUCAACAAAGUCCAAAAAGCCCCACCGAAUAAGCCGCAUUCUAUGGGAAAUAACAAGCCCAAAAACCCCCUUCAUAGCCGCCAUAAAAGCCAACCAACACCAAACCGUCCAAACCCUCCUCUCCAAAGGCGCCGACGCCAACGCCCAAAAACCCGACGGCACAACAGCCCUAAUGGCCGCCGUCUCCUUCGGCCACGAAGCCACAACCCGCCUCCUACUAGAAUACGGCGCGGACAUGGAAGCACGAACAAUGGAAAGCGAGUCAGCUCUCGGCAUCGCCGCAGCGUACGGCUUCGAUCGCAUCGUGCGGAUGCUACUUGCCUCAGGCGCGAAUAUCGACGCGGGCAAGGGGUCGGGCAAGACGGCGCUCUCGCAGGCGGCCGCGUACGGACAGGACCGGAUUGUGGAGAUGUUGCUGGACUGCGGGGCGGACGUUGAUGCUGUUAAUCGUACGGGGGAUACGGCGUUGGCGUUGGCGGCGUUGAAUGGGAAUAUGAAGGUUGCGAGGCUGUUGCUUGAUCGUGGUGCGGCUGUUGAUCUUAUGCGGUAUCCUUGGCAGACGCCGUUGUAUAAGGCUGUUCAGACGGGUGUUUUGGAGAUGGUUAGGCUUUUGAUGGAACGUGGGGCGGAUCCGUUUGUUAAGGGGGGGGAUUGGUCGGAUGGAGACGGUUUUGGCUUAUGCGGCGAAGAUGCAGAGGAGCGAGAUUUUGGGGGUUUUUGCGCAGUAUGGAUAUCAUCCUGGGGCAGGGCCGGUUCGGUAUCAGUAUUUCUGAUGGCUUGGGAUUAUGGAGUAUGUGUGUGUAUAGCAUCUGGCAUCUAG